AUGAAUUGUAUUAAUUGCAAAGAUGCAGAAAAUUGUAUAGAGUGUAAUUAAGGGUUUUAUAUAAAAAAUGAUCAUUGUUAUCAAUGUCCUUAAGGGUGCUUGUCGUGUAUUUUGGAUGCAGAAUUAGAGUAAUUAAAAUGUUUACAUUGUUAACAAGGCUACUCUUUAGUUAAUGAUAAUUGUUAAAAAUGUGGUGAUCUUUGUUAAAUUUGUUAAAAGAAAUUGAACAAAAAUACUGGUAAAGAAUAUAUGAAGUGUUUAAAAUGUAAUUAUAAUGCUUAUAUAUCUCUUGAUGGAGAAAGCUGUUACUUUAAUAAUUUAGAUCAUUGUAUAUAUCCUUUUCAAUUUUCUACUUUGUCUAUUGAUAUCAAUACUAUAUAUUUUGAUUUUCAGCCUUAAGAAUCUUAAUAUAUUAAAACUGGUUGUACAUACUGCUCAUCUGUAUCCAUAUUGGAUAUCGAUAAUGGUUUGUAUACUUGUACUCCUUUAGAUAUUGAUUCAAUUAAGGGUGGAUGUUAAUAAUUAUUUAUGAUAAAUGGUCUUAGUAUUUGCUUUCUUGGCAUCGAUAACUUGAUGCUAAUUGGAACUGGAUAUUGCAGUUAAAUGAUUCCACACUGUCUAUUUUGUAACCUGAAUAAUUGGGAAUCUAAUUAUAUUUGUUAUUUAUGUGAAGACGGUUAUUAUAAUGAUUAUUUUGCAAGUUUUUGCAAGCCGUGCAAUCCAGAAUGUGCUACUUGCAUUUAGGUGGAUUCUUCUAAAAUAUAAAAGCAUUAAGUUAUAUUAUUUUUCUUAUCUAUAUCAAUUGAAAGACCAUAAUACCGUUUGGCUACUCAAAACCCUAAUAAAAAUGAAGCUGAGAUUAUAUGUACUACCUGUUCUGAUGGGUAUAUUAAACAUUUUGAUAAAUGUAUCUAAAAAUGUCCUGAUAAUUGUAAGGAAUGCAAAAUUAUUGAUGAUUAAUAAGUAUGUCUUUCUUGCAUUUAAUUUAAUGAUUCACAUUACCAUGUUUAUAAUGGAAGAUGCAUUUAAUGUCCUUAAAACUGUAAUAUAUGUCAUCCAAGAACUGGUAAUGAAAAAUUAAUGACCAAUCCAUAUUUUAACAAUAAAGAUUUAGAAUACUUUUCUCAUAAAUGCAUAGCACCAUUAUCUAGUGACUUAUUUUACGAUUAGGAUAUUCAAUAAUUUAUUAAAUGUGAUAAUGGUAAUGAAUGCUAAAAAGAAAUUGUAAUUCAAAUUUAAAUUUAUUGUAACUAAAUAGAUUUAGAAAACUAUCUCAACUAAUUAAAUGAAGAAUAAAUGCUAAUUCAGAGAAAAUUUCAUAUUCUUUUGGAAAAUUUUGAUUUGUCAUUAUUUGAAUAUUAUGACUAUUUUCUCUAUCUUAAUCAGAAUUUCGUUAAGAUAGUUACUUAUUAACUUACAAUUGCAGACAACUAACUAUGUUUAUUAAAUGCGGAACUUAAAAUCUAAUCACAUUUAUAAAGUUAUAUUUUUAAUUUGAUUGAAUUAAACGUUAUUAUAAAUGGAUCUGGAAGUACUAUCUAAUUGAAUAAUCACUUAUCAUUUUCAAACUUUACACACAUAAAAAUUAAAAACCUUGAUCUUAAAAUAUAGAAUGGGCAGAUAUCAAUGGACAAUAUCAUUAGGUAUACUGUAGAGUUUGAAACAAUAAAAAUCUAUCAAGAUUAAACUGGUAUAUCAUCAUAAGAUUAUUUAAUUUAAAUUAGGGAAUCCUCUGAGAUUUAUAUUUCAAAUAUAUUAAUAUAAGAUAUUAAUAUUCUAUUAUAAAAUGGCUUAUUUGAAAUAACGAAUCAAAAAUUUGAUGUUAAAUUAGUAGCAAUAGAUCUAAUCAUAAAUCAUAUUAAAAUUAUGAAUACAUCAAUUAUCAAUUAUAACACAUCUCAAAAAGUAGAAACUAAAAUAUCAAAUUUGCAUAUUUUGAAUUCCUAAUUUAUAAAUAUUGUUGUUUUGGAGUUUUUAUAUUAAACUGAAAUUUUAAGGAUAGAUAAUUUUAUUUUUGAAAAUUCAAUUCUAUUAAACACCACAAAUUUCUUUAAUUUUGAGUAAAUUUACAAAGUUGAAUUAAAUGGAUUCUCAAUUUUAGAUUCAACAUUGUAAAAUUCAAAUUUUAUAUCAAGCUCUAAAAUUUUGUUAUUGAUAGAAUUCAAUUUAUAAAAACUCUCAUUUUUAGGAUAAUCCACAAUACUAAUUAAUCAAGACUAGUUAUCUCUUGAAUUAAUUUAAAUUAAAAAUGGUAAGAUCAUUGAUAAUAUUUAUUCAAACAAAAAUGCUUUAAUCCUAUUAUUAAAUUCAGAUUCUGUAUAUCUUAAUAAUAUAGAAUUUAUCAACAAUGCUAUUAAUAUUGAUAAUUAAAAAGAUUCUCUUGUUAAGAACAUUGAAUUGUCCAUAAUCAAUAUUGAAUCUAAUACUGUUAUAUUUGAUACUUUGAUCAUUCAAAGAGGAAUAGGCUAUACUGAAUUCACUAUUAAAAAUGCAAAUACAUUUAAAUUUAUGAACUCUGUAAUAAAAUUACACUAAAAAUAUUAUUUUAAGAGUCUAUUUAAUAAUUAAGAAUGUAAUAUUCAACCAUUCAAUUAGUUCAUGUACAAUACCCUUAUGAAUUUAUAAAAUAGCUAAUUUAUUUAUGUUUCAAAUACAAAUAUCACUGAUAUUAUAUUAUAUGAUUCAGUUUUAUUUGAAAUUCAAAUGCUUUCAUAAAUUAGCUCAUAAUUUGUAUUUAUCGAAUGCAAUUUUUCCUCUAACAUUUUACAUCAAGUAAAUAAAUAUGAAAAAGUAUCUUUAAUAUCAAUUAAUACUAAUUAUUAUCUGAGUUUGAAUAUAACAAGAGUUAUAUUCUAGUAGAAUUUAUUAAACUUAUUAAAAGAAAGCAAUCCUUAAAAACAAAGCCUGAUUUUAUUAGUGGAAGCACAUUAAGCCAAAAGUAAAAUAAGUAAUUGCUUAAUUCAAAACAAUAUGAUUUUGAAUGGUCAAGGAUCACUUAUGUAUAUUGACUCUGACUAAAUUAUUUUAGAAAACACAAAGUUUUUUCAGAAUUCAGCAUUUGUCUAUGAUACUAUAAAGCAAUUCCUCAGAUGGGGUUUACCAGAAGAUAUCUUUUUUAAAAGACUUAUAGAAAUUAUAUAUUAGUUCUAGCAGAGGAGGAAAUGGAAAUUUUUAAGGCCGAUAAAUUAUUCUAUCUCAAUCUAAGGUGCUGCAUUUGUAAUGAAAAUGAUUGAAGAUGGAAACAUACAGAUUUAAAAUUCACACUUUGAAAAUUUACAAGCUGAAUUAAUAGAAUCUUCAUAAGGAGGAGCUUUUCAUAUCUAAUCUUAAUCAUUAUAUUUAAGAAUUGAUGUUAUUAAUACAAUAUUUCUGGAUAUUUCCUCCAGAAAGGGUGGUAGUAUAUUUUAUAUUAUACCUUCAACAAAAUUAUUUUAGAUCUCCUUACUUAACUCCACAUUUGAAAACAUUUUUUCAAUUUAAGGAGGCUUAAUAUACAUAGAAAAAUCUAUCCAUGAAUUACAAGUUAUUUAGAUGAAUUAAUGUAAUUUAUCUUAAAGAUUGGAUUCAUUUUAUGCAUUCAUCAAUUCUUUGCAGGAUCUAUCAAAUGAUGAAUUCACAACUUUGACAUAAGAAUAUUCACUGAUCCAUUGCUAUGAUUGUUAAUUUAAAACAAUAGAUUUAUAUGUAACAAAUUAUCUUCCUAUACCCUUAUUCUAAUUAUAUGGAAGUGCAAACCUCAAGAAUAUUUCAAUACAAAAUAUUAUUUAUUCGAAUCAAUUAAUGCUAUUUUCUCCAGUAAGAUAGUCUGACGAAAUAAUUCUUCAAAAUGUAGAGUUUUACAACUGUACUUAAAUAUAAAUUAGUGAAGACGAUAUUCCCUAAGAAGUCUAUGCAAAAAGUUUAAAUAAUAGUGUAAUAACAUCUUGUAAAGAAAAUUUAAUAGACGCUCCUUUAAUUAUUAUAAGUUUUAAUGAAAGUUACUAUAAUAUUAAUCAAAUAACAUUUUUGUAAACGUUAUUAUCUUAGAUAUAAUAAUUAACAGUGACUAUGAUAUCAUUUUAAUUUACAGAAUAAUAUCAAUAUCAAAAAAUACAACUUUCUGAUAUAAUUCUCUAAAAUAACAAGUGCAGCAAGUGCUCAAAUGGUCUAUUGAGUUUUGAUAUUAAAAACAAACCAUCCCUAAUUAUUUAAAAAAUGGCUAUAUCUAAUUCAUAUUGUGGGAAAAAUGGUUGCAUUUCAUUCAUUUCAUAAGAUAACCGUAUUCUUUAAAGUUAUGAUUUUAAUAGCUCUUUAGCUAAUUCUGCAAUUAGAAUACAAUAUUUGUAAUGCAUCAACAAUUAAGCUUAAUACGGAGGUUGUUUGUUUAUCUAAAAUUAAGUCAUUUCAAUUAUAGAAAGUUUGAUAUCUGGUAAUAAUGCAAUAUAUGGAGGGGCCAUUUUUACAAAAGGGAUUAAUUUAACAUUAAUUUCAGAGAAUUUAGUUAUUACAAAUAAUUCAGCUUAAUUUGGAAGUGGAAUCUAUAGUGAAGGCAACUUGAAUAAAAAAAUUAAUGGAAUGAAGCUUAUUGAUAAUUCUGGAUUGAAUCAAAUUAAUGAACAACCUUAAUAACUCUAUUUGCAAAUCUUUUAAGGCUAAAUAAUAUAACCUAAAAUUGUGAAAAAUUUAAAAAAUGGCCAAAUUUCUUAAAUUAUUGGCCAAGAUGGAUAAAAUUCAAUUAUUCAUAUCCCUACUGGAAUGCCAUUAUCAGAAUACAAAAAAUUUGAAAUAGAAAAGAAUAGUUACAAUUAAAAAACUAUGCAAAUGAGAUUAUAUGCAGUUAAUUCAUAAUUAGAAAUAGUUAGAAAUCUUACAAAUACCUAUUGUGAAUUACAAAUAAAUAAUGUAAACAGUAGAUAAGAACAAAAUUUAUCUUUAAAUAAAAAUAAAAUUAUCUUUAAUUAAUCAACAUUUUCAUAUAAUUUAGAUGAUUUAAUCUUUUACAUACCUUCAGAUUCAAAUCAAACCUUUGAACUUACUAUUAAAUGUAAUAGUAUUUAUAUUCCAAUAAUAAACAAUAUAAACCAUAUAAUAGAGGGAUUUCAUUAAAAUUAUGUUUUGAGUUUAAUACUUAAGCCAAAUGAAUGUUAAAUGGGAGAAUACAGAUAAUCAAAAGAGGAUUAUUGUCACUAAUGCAUUGUAGAUUAGAAAUAAUACUCUGUAAUUGUAGGAGCUACUAGUUGCCAAACUGCUGAUGAUCAAAAGAUUUAGGAAAUAACCCAAGCUUAAAUAUUCCUAAAAAAGGGUUACUGGAGAAUGAAAGUGACUACUUCAACUAUAGACUUGUGUUUAAAUAAUCAGCAAAAUUGUAUUGGAGGAUGGGGAGUUGGAAAUGAUCUAUGCUAAUAGGGUUAUAUAGGAGCUCUUUGUGAAUAGUGUGAUUAUUAUAAUGACAGAGGAGGAGGAAAUUACUAAAGAGAGGGUUAUUAUGAGUGCUAAAUUUGCUAAAAUGAUACCAAAUAAUAGCUAUUUAAUUUAUUGAUCACAAUUUUAAUAUUUGCAUGCCUACUUCUAAUAAUUAAUUAUUUGUCUAAUAAAAGACUUUAAUUUAUUCGUUUACAUAUUAACCAGUUUAACGAAUCUUUCAGAUAAAUUAUUUUUAAGUAAAAGGAAGGACUAGUGGGUUAGAGCAUAAAAAUUGUAUUGUUCUAUUUUUAAAUUAUCAGUUUAACAUAAGAAUUAUCCUAUGUAUAUUCUAAUUAAGUCUAAUAAUUAAUUCAUUUUCUCGGAGAUCCUUUUACAUUAUUAAUAAUAUUUAAAGAAUGUUAAUUAUUAAACUAAGCAGUUAGUGUAAUUUACUUAUAAAUCUUAUAAAAUUUUAUAUUUUUGCUGAUAUUGAUGACUAUUUAUGUUUGUUUUUGUUUUGCUAAGACCUUUAUCUCAAAAUAAAGAAUCACAAAGAUGGAAUUAUUUAAUUUAAUAUAUCUAAUAUAUAUCUUCUUUUUUGGAAGUUUUAUACGAUCCAUGAUUCAACUUAUAGCUUUUAGAGAUAUUUAAGAUGUGUAUUGGAUUUACAAAAAUAUUUCAUAUGAUUACACAAAUACAAAUCAUCUUAAAUUAGUAUUUUUUUUAUUUUUACCUAUUGUGAUAUGCCUGGGAAUUGUUUUACCUUAUUUAUUGCUACGAAAGUCAAAUUCAGUCUUAUUUUUAUCAAAGCGAAUCCCUUUUAAAGACUUUGGAUUUUAGUUUUCAUCAUACUCAAACAAACAUCAACAUUGGGAAUUUUAUAAAUUUUUACUGAUAAAUGGAUUGAUAUGCUUAAUCAUCAUGAUUGAUGCAAAUGCUACUAUAAAAGGAGCGUUAUCUUAUUUUCUACUAAUCAUUUAUACUAAACUUAGUUCAAACAAUAAUAUCUAUUAUCAUAAGUAAAUGAAUAGAUUCGAAUGUUAAUUAAAUAUUAUUUGUUUCAUAAUCUUAAUCUCAUGCACACUAUUUUCAAUAUAGGAAAACUAGGAUUCCACAUUUAAAAAUAUAAUUUUGAUCUUCAUCAAUUCUAUAUUUAUUUUGAGUGGAGUAUUUAUGAUCUUACAUUUAUGGAAAUUGAAUUCUUCAUAUAUAAGCAGGAUGUUUUGUAAAGGAUUCGAAAGAUUAGGGCAAUUUAAUCAGAUAUUUACUAAUUAUAACAUUUUUUAAGCACACUCAAACGGAUCCAUAAAAUUAAGAAAUAAGCGUUUUGAAAUGUUAAUAGCAUUUUUAAAACAAAAAAGCAAAAAAUAACUAUUAAUUAAAAAAGAAUAUUAAAGCACUCAAGAAUAGAGUGAAAAAAUUUAAUGA